CAACAACAGCCACACACAAUGAAGGUCGGAAAGCCAAAAUCGAAGCGCCAGCCCGUGCGCCUGCGACACAAGAUCGAGAAGGCGUCUGCGCAGAAGCAGAAGAAGGCGAAGAAGUUGGCGAAGAAGAACCCAGAGUGGCGCUCAAAGGCAAAGAAGGAUCCCGGUAUUCCGAACCUGUUCCCAUACAAAGACAAGAUUCUCGCAGAGGUUGAAGAGCAGCGCAGGCAGAAGGAGGAGGAUGCUGUCCGUCGCCGUGAGCUGGCCAAGCAGCAGAAGGCGGGCGGAGGCGCUGCCACGGAUGCUAUGGAGAGUGAUGACGAGGACUUCGAGCAGUUCGAUGCUGAGGGCGACGAGCUUCUAGCCGAGGACAGCGACGAUGGGGACUCCAUGCAGGUAGACACAAACCCUAUGGCUGCACUGCUUGCAUCUGCAAAGGCCCGCGCCGCCGAGUUCGAGUCGAAGAACGGAAACGACGAAGACGCCAUGGAUGACGACGAGUCUGACGAGGAGGAAGGCGCUUCCGGCGUUCGCAAGGAUUCGUCAAGGAAGCAGUUCGACAAGAUCUACAAACAAGUGGUCGACUCCGCGGACGUCGUCCUCUACGUACUGGAUGCUCGAGACCCCAUAGGAACACGGUCGAAGGACGUGGAGCAAUUGGUUAUGUCGGCGGAUGGUGGAAGCAAGCGUUUGAUCUUCAUCUUGAACAAGAUCGAUCUGGUACCGCCCCCAGUUCUCCGUCAGUGGCUCGUUAACUUGCGUCGGUCGUUCCCCACACUCCCUCUGCGCGCUUCGAAACCCGCGCCAAACGCGAAGACCUUCGAGCAUAAGGACCUUACCAUGAAGAGUACAUCGGAGACGCUGUUCAAGGCCUUGAAGACCUUCGCUGAGUCUCGACAGCUGAAGCGCUCGAUUAAGGUGGGUAUCAUUGGUUACCCCAACGUUGGUAAAUCUUCAGUCAUCAACGCAUUGGCUCAGAGAAUGGGCGGUCGAAUUGGCGCUUGCCCCACUGGUGCGGAGGCUGGUGUUACUACAAGCUUAAGAGAAGUCAAGCUGGACAACAAGCUGAAACUGCUCGACUCGCCCGGUAUUGUUUUCCCCAAUGAUCCAGAAGGCACAAAGGAGAACAAGGUACAGCAACAGGCUCGACGUAUCUUGCUAAACGCUGUGCCACCCAGGGAGAUCGCAGAUCCCGUGCCAGCUGUGACCUUGUUGCUCAAGAGGCUAUCAGGAUCGGAGGAACUCUUUGGGAAGCUCAUGGAAGUCUACGAUCUGCCUGCUCUCAACGGCACUGGCAACGAGAAGACAACAGAUUUCCUGAUUCAAGUUGCACGCAAGAGGGGGAGAUUGGGCAAGGGUGGUGUCCCAAACCUUCACAGCGCGGCACAAACUGUCAUCAACGACUGGAGGGAUGGACGUAUUCAGGGCUGGACAGACCCAUCCAAGUACAAGCCUGCUGAGCCGAUCGCAGCAAACAAAACUGCGCCUGCGCUGAAGACUGCUGGUCUUGUUGGUGACCAGAAGGAAAUUGUCAAGGAAUGGGCUACUGAAUUCAAGCUGGACGGUCUUUGGGGUGAUGAGCCAGAGGCGACUGAGGCUAUGGAGGAGUAAAACAUCUUUGAUGAAAAAUGGCAGUACGGCGAAGAGGCGUUUGGCAUUGAUAGACCUUUACGCAUUUGCUGGGUCAGGAUUUUAUAGGUAUAUAUCACGACGAUACCAAUGCAUGUUGUUUCUAA